UCAGGGGUUCUGCAUCCUCCUAGAGCAGAAUGAAAACUCCUCCUACAAGCCUUAACAUGUGCUCUCUGCUGAACACUGAUAUAAAUCACAAGACUGCUCUAACUGCUGAUGUUAAAAGGUAUUUAGCAGUUUAUAUUUACUAAAAUAAUUGCAUUUCCAUGUUGUGUGUACUGUGGGAGACCAGAUAUAGUGAAUGCAGGAUCCUGGGUUUAGUAAUACUUUAAUAUAAACUAUCUGAUGAAGAUUGACUACAAGAAUUGUCUCUGCU